AUGCUCCCACUUCUCGUAUUCGUCGCAGUCCCAUCUUGCCGUCUGCGUCUAGUGAUGCAUUCGUCGCUGUGCCUUCGACAGUACACUGCCCCGAGGCAAUGGUCAGCACAUCUGUGGUGCAUUCUCCGGAAAGACUGUGAAUGCAUCGCCGACAAGCGCGCCCGAGUUCAAAUGGUCUUUCGAAACAUUCCCAACGGAUUAUAA